UUUGUGGAUGCACUUAGACGUUUGCAAUGAGCACUGUGGCUGGCAUGCCCCAGUGUUUUGGAUACCAAUGCAUAGAACUCCAUAGUAAUCGAAUUUAUCAGAAACGAACGUCAUGAGCAUAGUGAUCCCAUUGGGGGUUGACACAGCAGAAACUUCAUAUUUGGAAAUGGCUGCAGGCUCAGAACCUGAAUCUGUAGAAGCUAGCCCUGUGGUAGUUGAAAAGUCAAACAGUUAUCCACACCAGCUAUAUAACAGCAGCUCUCAUCAUUCACACAGUUACAUCGGUUUGCCUUAUGCAGACCAUAACUAUGGCGCUCGCCCUCCUCCAACACCUCCAGCAUCUCCUCCUCCAUCAGUUCUUAUAAGCAAGAAUGAAGUAGGCAUAUAUACUGCUCCAAAUUUUGAUGAGACCUCCAGUGCUACUACUAUCAGCACUUCUGAGGAUGGAAGCUAUGGAACUGAUAUAACCAGGUGCAUUUGUGGAUUUACACAUGAUGAUGGAUAUAUGAUCUGUUGUGACAAAUGCAGUGUUUGGCAGCACAUUGAUUGCAUGGGGAUUGACAGGCAGCAUAUUCCUGACAUAUACCUGUGUGAACGUUGUCAACCUAGGAGCUUAGAUAAAGAAAGGGCAACGUUGCUACAGCGUAGAAAAAGGGAAAAUAUGUCAGAUGGGGAUACGAGUGCAACAGAAAGUGGUGAUGAAGUUCCAGUAGAACUAUAUACUGCUUUUCAACAUACACCAACUACAAUUACUCUGACUGCUACACGAGUUACCAAGGUCACUGAUAAGAAGCGCAAAAAAAGUGGGGAGAAAGAGCAAAACAACACAAAAUGUAAAAAGGCUUUUCGUGAAGGUUCUAGGAAAUCUUCAAGAGUAAAGGGCUCAGCUCCAGAGAUUGAUCCGUCUGACAGUUCAAACUUUGGAUGGGAAACUAAAAUCAAGGCAUGGAUGGAUCGUUACGAAGAAGCAAACAGUAACCAGUACAGCGAAGGUGUUCAGAGAGAGGCACAAAGAAUAGCUUUGAGAUUAGGAAACGGGGAUGACAAAAAAGAAGUGAUUACCAGCAACUCAGCCUUCAAACCUCCAGUAGAGGUAAAUGGAAAUAAGAGCUAUAUUCAAAAAAAUAAGAAAAUCCUAAAAGCUGUCAAAGACUUGCCUCCAGAUGCACUUAUUAUUGAAUAUCGAGGAAAGUUCAUGCUGAGAGAACAAUUUGAAGCUAAUGGAUAUUUCUUUAAGAGGCCAUACCCAUUUGUUCUCUUCUAUUCUAAAUUCCAUGGGCUAGAAAUGUGUGUGGAUGCAAGAACCUUUGGUAAUGAAGCUCGAUUUAUCAGACGUUCCUGUACACCCAAUGCUGAGAUCCAACCUCAUAUGCUGAAAAAGCUCAUUUAAAAUUCAUGAUUGAAACCAAACCAAACAAAUCAAGAAGAUGGGCAGAAAAUAAGUAGACUUCAUUUAUAUUAAAGAUUUUGUGUAUUUGUGGAGUUUUGUUUUUCAUUUUUGUUUUAGGUGGAAGAGGAAAAGAAACAGCUGAUAGGUUUGGCUUAAUUUUUUGGAACCUUUUAAAGAUUAAGGUCUAAUCUAUCAGGGGUAAUGUAUCCAAGGCAAGUCCUACUCAGAGUAGACCCAUUGAAGUGAACGAACAUGACUAAUUAAAAUGUAUGAACCUACUCUGAGUAGAACUUGGUUGGAUACAACCCAUUUUACACACACACAUGGAGGGCAACAAAGUAUAUAGUCAUGGCUAAUAGCCACUGACAGCCUUAUCCUCCAUGAAUUAGUCUGAACCCCAUUUAAUGCUGUUUAAGUUCUAAAGCUGCUCUCUUUCCACUCCCUGCCCUCCUAAGUAUGGGUCCUCUGAUUUUUGCAUACUCAUUUUGCCUCUUUAAACAACUCUGUUACUGGGUGAGGAGUACUUCAGGAAAUGGAUGAAAUAAUGAAUCCCUGUAUCCUUAACCUGUUACCUCCUGGAAAGGACAGGUGUGUGUGUUAAUGGGAGCUUAGUGUCCACAUAUUGCUUCUCUUCCUUUCAUUAUUUAAAGAAAAAAAUCACACCAGCAGAGAGGUUGCAGCAGCAACUAUAAAGUGAGCCAAGAGUAAUGUUGGGAUGAGGCUGCUACUUACUUGAGCAGUGGUCCAGAUGGUAGCCUUCUAUAGGCCAAAAUUGCCCUGGCCAUUUGCUAGCAAACUGAAAUUAAUACGAUAUUUUGAGCUGUAUCCCACGAUACCCAGAAAACUCUUUGAUUUCCUAAAUUCUAAUGCAGGGCCUAAAGGGACUUUUGGCAAUACUGCAAAUUUGUCUAUAAUUGUUUGUUGGGCUAUAUAUACUUAUAAGUUACAUAAAUGGAUAGUAAUGAUUACUGUUUUAGUGUCCUGUUUCUAAACAGAGACCUUUACAAAACAAUAACUAGAUAAAGUACUUGUGUGGA